AUGGCAGAGAGUAAGAGCAAGAGAGUUACUCUGCGGAAGAAGUACAAGAUUAUAAAGAAGGUGAAAGAGCACCACAAGAAGAAGGCCAAGGAGGCGAAGAAGCUUGGUUUGAACCGGAAACAGAAGGUUGAGAAGGACCCAGGUAUUCCUAAUGACUGGCCUUUCAAGGAGCAGGAACUCAAAGCUCUCGAGGUUCGUAGAGCUCGUGCCCUGGAGGACUUGGAGCAAAAGAAGGCAGCUAGAAAAGAGAGGGUGCGCACUUCCUUAUAAUUUGGUUACUCCCCUGUGUCUUUGGUAAAAUUAGUGGCACUUUCUUGCUCUAUUUCAACCGUCUUUUACCAAGUUAGAAGCAAAUUUUGUGAUUGUUUUUAAAAACAGUAACCUUUUGUUGUGCCUCAUAUUAGCAAAAGUUUAUGAUUAAAUCAUUCUUUAAGCAGGAUUCUUGUUUUAAACGACCAGAAUUUGCAAUUCAAACUUUGCAGUGGUCUAUUAUUUUAUUUUUGUUUAAUGCCCUCUGACCGUGCUGAACAAAACACUUGAUCGAAUUAUUUUAUUUUAUUUUGGACUAUUAUCCUGUUUUGGUUAAUCCUUAUUUCGCAUUAUGUUUCAUUUGGCUGGGUGUCCGAGCCAAACGUAUUCAAACCAGUGAUAUUGUGGUCCGAAUGGUGCCUGGUUGUCUGAGAUAUGUUGAUGACGGUCAUUGAAACUCAUUGUGUUUCGUCCGCAGGCUCAAAAUAGAAAACUAGGACUUCUGAAGGAUGAUGAUACUCAGGAGUCGGCUGAUAUGCUAACUGAUGAAGAUUCCGUGGAUAAAAACGGGCCACAAGCUGUAGCAAGCAACAAAAACCAUGGUAGGCGUUUUAUUAAUUAUCAACUAUUUGUCUGUUUCUUUUUUUUUUUUGCAUUUUUUAAUUAUACAUUUCAUGUUAAGAGGCUUAAUUUCUGUAGAUCUAUAUUGAAUUAUUGUAUUAUUUUCAGAUCACUCAGAAAGAUCUUUCUUCAAAGAACUUGUAAAAGUUAUUGAGGCGUCAGAUGUCAUCUUGGAGGUCCUUGAUGCCCGAGAUCCUCUUGGUACUCGUUGUGUUGAUAUGGAAAAGAUGGUGCUGAAGUCGGAUCCAAACAAGCGCAUCGUUUUGCUUCUUAAUAAAAUAGGUAAACUAUUCAUCCGAUUAAUCUUUAUUCUUCAUCUUACUCCCGCGGAAAAGCAUUCCGGAUAUGCAAUAUUUGAUUCCCUAUAUUCAGUCUCGAUCAAUUAACGCUGACUUUGUCCAAUUCUCUCGGUACUGUGAUAUUUCAAUAGAAGAUAUACAUAUCAACACUUUUAAAUGAAUUUUUUUUCGGUGAGAAUAUUCGUUUGGCUUGUUGCUGAGAUGGUUUACUUUGCUAAUGUACAAAUUGAUUCUGUAUUUUUAGAUCUUGUCCCCCGGGAAGCUGUGCAGAAGUGGCUCAAAUAUUUCAGAGAGGAGUUGCCUACGGUGGCCUUCAAGUGCAGCACACAGGAGCAGCGGUCCAAUUUGGGAUGGAAAUCUUCCUCAAAGGCUUCUAAACAGAUCAAUACACCACAGACAAGCGACUGUCUUGGGGCCGAAACCCUUAUAAAAUUACUCAAGAAUUAUUCCAGGAGCCAUGAGGUAUGCCGAUUUCAUAUUCUCACCAUCGAAGUUCAUUCUGGUUCCCACUUGUUGACUUUUCAGUGAAUGGCAAUAGGCUGAUAAAAGCAUAUAGCUAGACAAUGUGUUGAUCAAAUAGAGUAUUUUUCGGAAGAGCAUUUACUUGCAGAUGUAGCUGGUAUUUUUAUGCUUUUCUUCACCAUCUUUCGGGUCCCGUCACUGUUGAGUGUGUUCUUCCACUAUGCAUUUUACCUUUUGAUUCUCUCCCUUCCCGCUACGUUUUUUCCUGAGGUUAAUGGUCUCUCCUUCAGAUUAGCUAGCUAGUCAGCUGAACGUCUGUCGAAAUUAGAGGUCGUGGCGAUUAAAUUGCGAUGAGAUUAUUUUUCUCACUUACUCAGGGAACUCAUUCGCCAAGCAUUUUCUGCUUAUUUUCAGUUUUUUUUAAUGGGAGAAAUGAGAGAAUGAUAGGCACAUUGAGAAGUCAAAUCAUGGUGAUUCAAGCUAAUUUCGCUGGUUAUCCUCGUGAUCAGAGGUGGUAUAUGAGUGUUUUUUGCUAUGAUAUAUGCUUUCAUAUUCGUCUUCGUCUGCUUUAUUUCUGUGAAAAUAUUACGGGCCAUGGGAUCCUAUCUUCUAAUCUGUUUUUUGCAGCUAAAACUGUCUAUCACUGUGGGAAUCGUGGGGCUUCCCAAUGUCGGUAAAAGUAGUCUGAUCAACAGCCUGAAAAGAUCGCACGUUGUCAACGCCGGCGCCACCCCUGGGCUGACGAAGUCAAUGCAAGAAGUCCAGUUGGAUAAGAAAGUCAAACUAUUGGACUGCCCUGGAGUGGUGAUGCUCAGGUCGGGAGGGAGCGAUGCCUCCAUGGUUCUUCGCAACUGCAAAAGAAUAGAGAAGCUGGACGAUCCCAUAGCUCCGGGUAAAUCCAUCACCUCCCUCUACGGCACCUUCUUUUGGCUUACCUCCAGUCGUUGUAUUGCUGGCCGUCCGUUAACUCACUGCUUUUUCCGUGGGGGCGUGGGGUCGUGGGGGCGUUGACUUUUCUUCUUCUAUUUCCAGUGAAGGAGAUUCUUAGGCUCUGCCCCGCCGAAAGGCUGAUGUCUCUCUACAAGCUCCCCAAGUUCAGCUCGGUCGAUGAUUUCCUCCAGAAGGUGGCCGGUCUGCGGGGCAAGCUGAAGAAGGGCGGCAUUCUGGACACGGAGGCCGCCGCGAGGAUCGUCUUGCACGAUUGGAACGAGGGUGGGUUAACCGUGCUCCUCCGCCUCCAGUGAGAGGGUCAAUUCAGUCGGCUGUAGGGGUCUUCUGAUACUGAGACUGGCUGUCAAUGCCCACCUCUUCGCAGGGAAGAUCCACUACUACACGCUGCCGCCGGCGAGGGACAACGUGGGGGAGGUGUCGAUCGUGGCGGAAUUUAGCAAGGAAUUCGACGUUGACGAGGUCUACAAGGCGGAGUCUUCGGUCAUCGGAAGCCUUGCCUUGGCGGAGGACUUCAAGCAUAUGGAGGUCCCACCUGGGUCCCCGUUGACUCUCGACGACAGCAUGAUGCUGCAGGAGGUGGGAUCCUCUCUCAUAUCCUCUUCUUCUUCUUUAGAUCUCUGUGACAGAAAUACGCCUCCUCGGCUUCUGUCUAAUGGGGCGUCAUUUCUGUAUCUAUCUGUGUUGGUGGUCCCCCCAGGGCGAGGUGGGAAAAGCAGAAGAGGAAGAGGAAGGAGAAGGAACCCAGGCCGGGGAGAAGAAGCCCGCCGUCAAAACGGGGAGACAAAACGACAAGCUUUACAGUGCCGAAGGCAUACUGGACCCGCGCUUGCGGCGAGCGGAGAAGAAGAGAACCCGGAAAGCCCGCAAGUCAACGGAGAUGGACGCCGACUACGACUUCAAGGUUGACUUCUUCGGCAAGCAGGCGGGCCCUGGGAGCGAGGAGGACGAUGAAGGUGGGGAGGCGGCGGCCGUCCGGAUGGAGGAAUGA